UUCUCUCCAAGCAAUUACCCAAAAUUAACUAAACAAAGUCCUUAUAAUUUCCUCUAUUUUAUACCAAAGUUUAACUAAACUUCAAUUCUUUUCAAUUAAUUUUUCUUGUUGUUAAUUCAUCUCCAUUUUUGCAACAAUGGUUCUCUCAAAAACUUCCUCGGAGUCUGAUGUUUAUGUACACUCCACCUUUGCUUCUCGCUAUGUUCGAGCUUCACUUCCAAGGUUUGAGAUGCCAGAAAAUUCUAUCCCAAAAGAGGCAGCAUACCAAAUAAUUAAUGAUGAGUUGAUGCUUGAUGGCAAUCCAAGGUUGAAUUUGGCAUCAUUUGUGACAACAUGGAUGGAGCCAGAAUGUGAUAAGCUUAUGAUGUCUUCAAUAAACAAGAACUAUGUUGAUAUGGAUGAAUACCCUGUUACCACUGAGCUUCAGGUAAUUUCUUCUUCCCUUUUAUACGACGGAUUCAGAAUUUUAAAUUUAUUGG